AUGGGCGACGAUGGCUACUCCCUCCCGCAAGACACCGUGCCAGACUUUAGGAACGUUCCAAAGCCCCAGCGCGACUCUGAGUACUCGGAACCACAACUGUGGAACCCACUGCAACCCCGCAGCCGCAAGGAUACAGAGGACGACGACGAUGAUUACGACGAUGCCGACCUCUCCAUCAAGAAGCGCGGACAGGACUUUAUUGACAGUGCGCGGCGUCUCGCCAAACGCGACGACGAGCGCAAGAAGUCCGGAUACGUCGACGUCGACAUCGACAAGAUCAUGGCAAACCGCGCAAACCAAGGGGCAUGCUGGUUCUGGGUCAUUGACAACUACAUCAUGAAGAUUGAGACAACAGAUCGAGACGUCAGCCCCUUUGAUUCCGUACACAUGCGGGACUUAAAGGCGCACAACAGCGACGGGGAGGACGGGACAUUGAGUGCAAACCACUCUGCACACUUGCUUGGACUCAGCGAGGCGCAUGACGAGAGCGACCUGGUCAUAUUGGGUGAUGACAAUGACGACGACCACUCCGUUCACGCACGGCUCCUGCCCCACGCGUGACAGCUCUCCCUGACCGGCGUCCAUUGCAGCAUUUUCACGUCUUUGACUCGACCUGCUUUUUGUGCGUUUCCCUUGUGGCACACCUCCCAUCCUUUUUCCCCCCUUUCCACGUUACAGCCGUCACGCCAUCGUCACUGCAGUCCUUGCACCACCCAACGCCUGCACAGAAGUCACGUCUACACAAUUGCGUUGACCGUGUGUGUCUCUGCCAUUCCUUCUCGUUCCUCGCUCCCGUUGUUCUUUCACCAGCGAACACUCACUCUAGGCCAGCCACCACCUGCCCCAUGCUCGCGUUCAUGUUGUUGCAAUUCGCACACACGCGCACUGGAAGCAGCUGGUUUCGUCAUUGUUUGUAACAGUUCCUGCUGUUGCGUUUGUUCACGUGUCAUUGAUAAACAGCGACCCAACCAA